UUGCAGAGCAAGCAAGAAUAAACGCCUUAGAAGAAGAAGAGCAAGCCCUACACGCACUAAACUUACAGGACGACUCAUAAGACCGUUUUGUAAACUAGCUCUCUUUCUGUACAGAACCCGCGAAAUUUAAUUUUGAAAUAAACGACUGUUGGUCUUCGUUCCGCGUUCUCUCUGUGGUGUGAAGUGUUCAGUUAACAUUGUGUGUGUUGUGGCUUUAGGUCUUCCCGCCUUCCGGUGGCUGCUGAUUACACGUGUUACAACGUAACCAAGGGUGCAUAAUUUUACUCCAUAAAACGGAAGAGAAUAUACGGUUAAAGAGGGGAGGAAAUUGUGUAGAGUAUGAAGAUCAAGUACAGUUGUGUCAAAUACUCUUUUCUGGUUUGAUUUAAAUAUGUAUGAUAUACUGAGGCAAUAUUUCGUCAAUUAAUCAAAGUAACGAAUUUGUCUGCACCUUAAAAGUGUGUAAGUCCUAUUACUCAUUAGUAUUAUGAAUGAAUAAUUGGUAAAAGGAAAGAUUGCAGUCACCCCUCGUGGUCUGAUGUGGCCUAAUGGCUAGGCACGCGGUCUAGCAUUCAGAAGGGCAGAGGUUCGAGUGCGUGUGGGUCGUGCGUUUUUGUUCAUCGAAACCCCUUUCAAUACGAUGUUUGUUGGCCAAAAGUUGCUCAGAUAUGAGAGAAAGAUAACAGGAGGAUUGAUUGAUAUGUCAAAAUGCCAUAUUGGAAUAGUACAAGUUCUUUGUUUGGAUUACUAAUAAUACUAUAGAAAGAAAAAUCUACAAGUUUUGUAAUUUCCAUUUUACGUUAUACUUAAACCGAGAGAAAAAGUAUAUAUAUAUAUAAAAGAUACUGACAUAACAUGUCUUUUUAUAACGCUAGUGUUAAGUUCCAGGGUUUUGUCAGGACCACUAAUAAUAAUUGGUUUAACGUUAACAUAGCUGUCAUAGUCAUGUCGUUAGUUCAAUGUUAUGAUUACUUAAUAGUUCCUUUAUAAGUUGUGUUUAAAAUUAGGUAUGCGGAAUCAAUGCGGCUAACAUAGUAACCUUACAGUAACGCACUGUACUAUAUCUCCACGGUUAUUGAUUCUUAAAUGUCAGAAUUUAAAAAAAAUCUGAAUAUUGCCAAUAAAGAUGGGUUAUAUGAUCACACUAAAAAGCAUGCUGCAGGAAAACUGGUUAAGUCAUUACAUAAGUUUCCUAAACAUGAAAAAAAAUGAUGAGAACUUUAAUAAGUACUUGGCCAUGGUUUAAUCCAAACUGUUUUGUCUAGAAAACCACUUAUUAAUAGUAGUAUUAAUCGUAUCAAGCUACUAAACAUAUCUUCGACCGGAAACUCUAUAUAUAUAUAUACCUAUACAUUUGAAAAUUUGUCCUCCUAAAGAUAUUCCACAAGUAGACUUGAAUGAACGUAAGUUCAUCUCACAAAGACAACGAAAGGCUCCAGCUCUGAAAAUAAAGGGUGGGAAGACAAAACUCAUGAUACCGUGUAGGGAAACACGUAAGAUUGAACCCAACUGCUCUAUAGGUAUCCCAAGAACAGUGAACAGGUUCUCCCCACUGCUAUCGUAUAACUUGCCUUCAGCACCUCCAAGUUGCAAAAUGGGUGGUGGGCUUCAACGUAGCAAGCCUUCUUACACACAGACUAGUGAAAACUACCGGAGAACUGCCCACCCAAAUCACCCCCUGAAGCCUAAAACCAUAAAUACGAAUGGUAAUAAUAGGUUUCUCACUCCACACCCUACCUACAUUCCCCAGGACCGCAACUGUAAUUACUCUCAGAAAGAAAACUUCUCAUACCCUUUACUACCGACCCCUCACAUAACAACGGCUCCCACGUAUAUCAACAGUCGCAACUCCUCCCAGUUACGCGUAGCAGACCCCUCUCACGCUAACGUAAAUAGCCAUAACAGAGGCUACGAGUCUAACCAUCAAGACUAUUUUGUAAAUAACCAUACACUUCACAGUAGGCCUGUACAAGAUUUUUUUGGAAUAAGACCCCUAGUGACACCUCUGUUGAAGCAUAUAGCCCAGGUUAUUUCAAACCACAUGCAAACCAUAAAUUUGUUUCCUCCGUACAGUUUCCAUCACAGAGUACUCCCACCCUUUCCUCCUGGGUAAACUCCCCAAUCAACUUCACUAGCUCAUUUGAUACAUCUCCCACUAAAUCUAGCUAUCAAAAUACCGAGCUAAUGAAGAACAUUCAAUCCAUCAUUUCAAACUCGUCUCACACCCGCGAGGGUUACGACGACUUUAUCCGAGAUACUCUCAACCAUUUUAACUUAGUAGGCCACUUGCUUAAUAUAUGUCUUAUCAACGCUCGGUCGAUCUGCAACAAAAAGACGGAUUUAGCCCUGUUUGUAUCCAUAUAUCAACCAUCAGUUAUUAUGAUAUCUGAAGCAUGGACUAACAGUAAUAUUUCCGACCAAAGUAUAUCUUUUGAUAACUAUUUCCUGUAUAGAAGUGACAGAUUGAAUGGACGAGGCGGAGGAUGCCUUAUUUACGCUCACUCUAGCCUAAACUCACUACUAUGUGAUAUGCCUGAACUGAACAAACUGAAGGAUUCGAUGUGGAUUGUAUUAAAGCUGUCGAAUUCCGUUACCUUACUGCUCGGUUGUGUUUAUCGUCAAUCUAACGCAUCAAUAGAUGAUAUAGCAGUAUUAUCGGAGGUAUUCACACUAGCAUCAUCCCUCUCAAUCACAGGCAAGCUCAUUUGUGGUGACUUCAAUAUGCCCGAAAUUUCUUGGCUGCCAGUCAAAGCGCCGAGACGUUAUGAAUCAUUUAUUGAAUGUCUAGAGCUCGGACAAUGGACUCAGUAUGUCGAUAGCCCUACCAAACAUCAAAACAUCUUGGACUUAGUCUUUACCAGUGGCCUCAUCCCCAAUACUUUGUAUAUUGGAAAAAAAAUCCCAGGUAGUGAUCAUAACAUUGUCAUAUGCAGCCUUAAUGUAAAAACCACAACCAAUAGAAGCAAAACCGUAACACUGCGUAGAAACUAUCGCAAGGUUGAUUGGAAUAACUUCCACAAUUACCUAAGAAGCACUGAUUGGGGAACUUUCUUUACCUCAAACAAUACCGACACAUUAACCAAUAUAUUUUAUCACAACAUCAAAAGUAUCAUCAACAACAUCGCACCUUUAGAAUACAGUAAACCUGCGUUCUCCAAAGAUCUCUAUAUACCGGUCAGUACAAGAAGACGUCUUCAAAGACAUUGUACUCAAUUCCACAAAUUAAAUGACUUUUCCUCUUUAGUAACGAUGACAGAAAUACUUGUCCGAACAGAGGCAAUAAGUAAACAAAAAGCAGUAGCACAGGAAAAACGUGCAGUUGAACUUAAUGAUAACUCCUCUGCACUCACCAUACUACUCCAAAAUAAACUUAAACGCUCUAAAUCGAGAGGGAGUAUAUUCAUUAAAGGCAAACAAGUAUACGAAGAUCCUAAACUUGUCACAGAAUUAUUUAGUGAACAUUUUUGUUUCUCACUAACUAACGAAAAACCAUUUAAUGAUUCAGAACCAAUUCCAGUACCUCCCUGUGAAAUUACUAAUGUAGAAUUCAGUGUACAAAAUAUUUCCAAGGCAAUCAGUACAUUGAAACACUCAUACACUGAUGGACCAGAUGGUAUUCCAUCUAGCAUGCUAAAACGUGGAGGUGAUGAUAUGUGUGUUUUGCUUCUCAAACUAUUCGCGAUAUCACUCUCUUCAGCGUGUUACCCCACUGCCUGGAAAACUACACAUAUCAUUCCCAAAAUUAAAACAGGACCUGAAGCAAACGUUGAAAAUUACCGGCCUAUAAACAUAACUUCAGUGGUAUCCAGAGUGAUGGAAAAAGUAGUUAAGGCGGCUGUAGUCCAACAUCUAAUAACUAAUAAUCUCAUCUCGACCUCCCAGCAUGGAUUUCUCAGGUCCAGAUCAUGCGAUACAUGCCUAGUAGACUACCUGAAUGAUAUAACUAUGAAACGAGACAGCGGACUCCUUGUAUCAGUUCUAUUCCUAGACUUUAAGAAAGCCUUUGAUAAGGUCCCACACAAAAGGCUACUCGUUAAACUAAAGUCCUUCGGAAUACACAACCCACUGUACUCAUGGUUUGCUUCGUUCUUAACAGAACGUAAACAGAUGGUAAAGUACAAUGACUGUCUCUCGUCCCCUAGGCCAAUCACCAGUGGAGUCAUCCAGGGAAGCGUAUUAGGUCCACUUUUGUUUCUUAUGUAUAUAAACGAUAUAUGUAACACCAUAGAAUUUGGAAGACCAUACUUAUAUGCUGAUGAUCUCAAAAUAGUAUACAGCUAUAAACCUGAGACACUAAGCGAAAGUGUAUCCCAGAUCCAAAAGGACCUCAAUAACUUAACUAUAUGGAGUGAAAAAUGGCAAUUACCAUUAAACCUCAACAAGUGCGGGAUCAUGCACUUUGGAAAGCAUCCCUAUAAACCGCAACUUCACUUAAAUGAAAGUAGAGUCCAAACACUCGAAUCAGUACGCGAUUUAGGAAUUAAUUACACAGGAAGCCUGAACUUUGAAGAACAUGCCUCCUCUAUUAUUUCUAAAUCUAGACGGCUAAUUGGCUUUAUAAUGAGAAACUUUUUCACAACAGAGGGUAAACUUACUCUCUACAAAAUAUGUGUAAGACCCUCCCUUGAAUACUGCUCUUUUGUAUUCUCUAAUAUGAAUAUCACAGACAGGAUAAGACUAGAAGAUGUUCAAAGACGUUUCACACGUCAACUACUAGGAUGCAACUCGAAUCUUGAUUACACAGACAGAUGUAAGCAUCUAUCUUUAGAACCCUUAUGGCACCGUAGGCUAAAAAACAAUUUAAUAUUUCUCUACAAAGCGAUAUAUGGGCUCUCCUUUCUAACCUCCUGCCCGACUAUUACCCACGACCCAGCCUAUAGACUUAGAAACAACGCAUAUACACUACUUACCGUAAAACACCAAAAACAAAUGCGUUGUAAGUUCUUUACAGUACGGUACAGUUUAUUGUGGAACAGGCUGCCAAUGCCUAUCCGUAAUUGUGAUACGUUUAUCAGAUUCAAAAGGCUAAUAACCCUAUUUCUAGACUCCAAAGAGCUUCAACAUUUCCUUGAACUCCCGCCCACCAAUGAGGCACUUUAUUACGGACCGCCUAGUAUCUAGAAAGAACAAAAUUAUAACAAGUCCGACUGUUACUAAUAUGAAUAUAACCAAAUCACAGAACAUAUGGCUUAUCCUUUCCUAUUAUUCAUUGUUUAUUAAUUAUGACUUCAUGCUCCUAACCCUAGCUUUCAGUUCCCAAAUCUCUACAGGUUAAAUGUACAUUAUUCUUCCUAAAAGUCAUGCUUUUUUUUUAUUCCACUGCAAGUAGACAGAUAGCUCAAUCUUAUGAAUGCUGAUCUACUAAGGCCGACCAUUCAAAGUUCAAAAUUUGGCCACAACGUCUUGUGAGUUUCUCAAUGUUUUAUUUGUCUUACCCUGAAAUUUUUUUUUCUACGAUUUUAUACCCUCUCAUAUCUUUUGAUUUGCUAUUAGUCCUUACUUCUUUAAACCAUUAGUUAUUUUCAUAGCAGUGUGAUAUACUAUGUGGACAUCUAACCCAUAAAACAAGUUUUUUUAACUAUCUGAUUUGCUUGUAACAUGGACCUAGUAGAGACAGUGUAUUCCAACUAUGGGCUUUGAUUAAAGCAGUAUUCAUACUUACCACAAACGUAAGAGAGCCUAACAUCACAAAAGGAGGGAGGGUGGCGUUACUGACCAGCAAACAUGAAGGUGGGGAGAUAACUUCAAUCCACCCAUGUCUGUAGGGCAGAACAUUUUGUUUAAUUACGGCUCCUUAUGGUUUAGUGGGAUGUCACGAACUUAUGGUAUAGAAGCUGAUUUAUCACGCAAAAUACCUCUUUAAGUCGUGUUACGAACGUUGAAUUGGUUUCACUUCCUACCUAGAAAUCCUAUUACAAGCAAACUAGACAAUUCGCUAAUAUACGAAGCCUAAUCAAGACCCUAUAAUAACUGGGGAAAAAUAUUUUUAAAAAAAAAAACGAAAGAGGCUCUAAUAGCUUCGAUAUUAAAGGGAAGACAGCCAAAUGUAUAUCACGAUACUGUUUCUAGCACUAUAUUUUAUUUUAUAAUCACACAUAAUCUUAUACUCUCAGCUCUUUUCCGAAUCGCCCCCAUUUGUCAGUUGUAUGUCCACUCACACCUUGUCAACACUUAUUUUCUAUAACCUAUUGAAAUGCUCUUUCUUAACAUAUACCUUAAUAAAGGAAAAUUAGACUGAGUAAUCAUACCUUAAGCAUUCUUUCAUGAAUAUUGGCUACUCUGCCUCUCGUGUUUUCUUUUACUUGCUCCCUCUUUCAGCCCCCUUGAGAUAUGGAACUGGUGACUUCAUCCUGCACCAUCCUUAAAGCCUUGGAUAUCCCAGAAGGAAAUAAGGUUGCGAUUAGAAGCCCAUACCUUCAAUGGACCUAUUCUUGACCAUCAGUCGCACAUUCGCAACGCGACUUUCAUGAAGCGCGCCAACUGUAGUACUGAUUUAAACCAUCGACAUUCAUAUCUUAUAAAUUAUCAACCCAGCUAUGUAAUUUAUUGCAGUUUAUAUUGUAUCAUUUGUAUCAAUUUGAUCUUGCCUGUAAACUGGCAUGCCUCAUGUAACAAACUGUUAUUUGAGAAUAAAUUAUUAUUAUUAUUAU